AUGGAAUCGCCCAUUCCAAAAUGCAUUCUAUUCCCUCAAAAUCAUUCCAUCCCUACCCCAUGUUUUUUUCCCAUUCCAUUCCCCCUUCACCCUUCAUUAACAACACCACAACCCACUACCGUUGCCACUACCCACCACCACUGUCAUCCGCUGCCGUCAUCCACCUUCGUCGCCACCCGCCACCUCCUUCACCCGACACCGCCGUCACCCGCCACCAUCGUUGUCACCACCCACCUCCAUCCCCGCCACCGCCGUCGCCGCCAUCCACCAUCGCUGUUGCCACCUCCGAUCACCGCCACCACCCACCUUCGAUCAUCGUCGCCGCCGCUACCACCUGCCACCACCGUCGCCACCGCUACCACAUCUGACCACCGCCGCCACCCACCUUCGCCGUCACCCACCACCAUCACUCGUGGUCGUCUCCACUCGCCACUGUCUCCACCCACGACCACCACCACCGCCGCCGCCGCUACAACUGCCACCUUUCACCACCCACCAUCGCCGCUCAUCAUCGACCACCGCCAAAACAGGCGAAUAAAGAGAGUGAUCAUAUGA